CUGAUCAGAUUAAUACAGGAGCUACUGAUUUCAACGUCUUUGGCCUAACUCUCUCUGAAAUGAUGAAAUACACAAGUUAUUUCUUGGCUUUUCAGCUCUGCAUCAUUUUGGGUUCUUCUAGCUGUUACUCCCAGGACACAGUUAAUAAAGAAAUAGAAGAUUUAAAAGGAUAUUUUAAUGCAAGUAAUUCAAAUGUAUCAGAUGGCGGGUCUCUUUUCUUGGAUAUUUUGGAUAAAUGGAAAGAGGAGAGUGACAAAAAAGUAAUCCAGAGCCAAAUUGUCUCUUUCUACUUCAAACUCUUUGAACACUUAAAAGACAACAAGAUCAUCCAAAAGAGCAUGGACACCAUCAAGGAGGAUCUUUUUGCUAAGUUCUUCAACAGCAGUAUCAGUAAGCUGCAGGACUUCCUAAAGGUGUCUCAAGUUCAGGUAAAUGACCUGAAGAUCCAGCGUAAAGCAAUGAGUGAACUCAAGAAAGUGAUGAAUGAUCUGUUACCACACUCUACCCUAAGGAAGCGAAAAAGGAGUCAGUCUUCGAUUCGGGGUCGGAGAGCAUCCAAAUAACAGUCCUCAUGCCUGCAAUAUUUGAAUUUUUAAAUUGAAAUCUAUUUAUUAAUAUUUAACAUUAUUUAUAUGGAAAAUAUAUUUUUAGUUUCAUCAAAUAAGUAUUUAU